GCUUCAGCUGCGAGUGGGGCAGAGUGGGUUGAACUUAGCGGUUUAUUUCUGUUUGGAGUGGGGGCUAUCCGCUAUCAGUGUUGAAUGUGGAAUCCCAUCACUCAUCAGUUAUAGCAUAAAGCACCACAUUUAAAUAAUGAUUUAAAAUGAACACAUAGCAGUCGGUUGCCGUUAAUAGCCGCGAGCUAUCGAUCAAAUUUAACAGUACGUUAAGUUUUAAUGAACAAUUUAUAUACCUUUUAUUAUACAUAUUUUAAGUAUUCGUGAGUGCAUACGUUUAAAAUGGUUAUUGAGAAAAUUUGCUGCUUGGGUGCUGGAUAUGUAGGGGGUCCUACAUGCAGUGUUAUAGCUCUCAAAUGCCCUAACAUAAAAGUUACUGUGUGUGACAAAAGCAUCGAACGGAUAAACCAGUGGAAUUCUGAGAAAUUGCCAAUUUAUGAGCCAGGCCUAGAUGACGUUGUGAGACAAUGUCGAGGAAGAAAUCUAUUUUUUUCUACAGAUAUAGCUAGAAGUAUUCAAGAAGCUGAUUUAAUUUUUAUUUCAGUAAAUACGCCAACUAAGACUAUAGGCAAUGGAAAAGGCCGUGCAGCCGAUCUUAAGUACAUUGAAGGUGCUGCAAGAAUGAUUGCAGACUUGGCCACCAGUAAUAAAAUUGUAGUUGAAAAGAGUACUGUGCCUGUUAAGGCUGCGGAGAUAAUAAUGAAAAUACUGAGGGCAAACACGAAACCUGGUGUUGAGUAUCAAAUACUCUCUAACCCUGAGUUUUUAGCUGAGGGAACAGCAAUUGUUGAUCUUGUUGAGGCAGAGAGAGUAUUGAUAGGCGGGGAAGAUACUCCUGAAGGUCAGAAGGCUAUUCAAGAGCUGUGCUGGGUUUAUGAACACUGGAUACCAGCUAAAAACAUCUUAACAACUAAUACUUGGAGCUCCGAGCUCUCCAAGUUGGCUGCUAAUGCAUUUCUAGCUCAAAGAAUAUCCAGUAUUAACUCUUUAUCAGCAGUGUGUGAGGCCACCGGUGCAGAUGUCUCUGAAGUAGCCAGAGCUGUAGGCAGAGACUCACGUAUAGGCCCUAAAUUCCUAGAAGCCUCCAUUGGUUUUGGAGGCAGUUGUUUUCAAAAAGAUAUUCUUAACUUAAUAUAUCUAAGUGAGUGUCUGAACCUUCCGGAAGUAGCAGCUUAUUGGCAGCAAGUGGUAAACUUAAAUGAUUAUCAGAAAACAAGAUUCACUAGAAAGGUGAUUGAGUCAUUAUUUAACACUGUUUCGGACAAAAAUAUAGCCAUAUUAGGUUUCUCUUUUAAGAAAAACACAGGGGAUACCCGAGAAUCUCCAGCAAUUUACGUUUGUAAAACAUUGUUAGACGAAGGUGCGAAGUUACACAUAUACGACCCAAAGGUUGAAGUUGAUCAGAUUUAUUAUGAACUUAUGCAUCCCCAGAUUACCAAUGAGCCAGAAUUGGUGAAGAAAAAUAUACACAUUCAUAACUCGGCUUAUUCUGCUGUAUCUGGAGCCCAUGCUAUUGUUCUUUGCACAGAGUGGGAUGAAUUUAAAGAGCUUGAUUACAGAAAGAUAUACCAUGUUAUGAUGAAACCGGCAUACCUAUUUGAUGGAAGGAAAAUUCUUGACCAUAAUAUGUUGCUGAGCAUUGGAUUUCAUGUGCAGACCAUUGGGAAGAGAUUAUCAAGAGCUAGCAGUAUCAGAGCCCAGGGAAGUCAGACACAACCAUAAAAUUCAUAUAUAAUCUUGUCUCCAGUGAAGAUAUCGUCGCAAAAUACUGCUUGAAGACUUUUGAUGUAGCCGGCUGUGUUUUAAUCAUGUUAGAGAUCGAUAAAAUCAAUUUGCGCAUCGCUUUCGCUUCGUGGCGCCAUCUAUUAAGCCCGGCUCUACACUUACUCGUGAAUUGGCCCACAUUCUACUAGUAGAAACUGCAAUCGUAACUUUAUAACACUUCGACAGAAUCAAAUUCAGAUUUAAAAAUCACUUACGGCCGUUCCCAAUAUACUAUCUACAGAUAGAGAUAAAUUACUACCUUCCACUGUCAGUAAUUAGCUGUCAAUAAUCUGAAGCUGUCCCAAUAUAACCGAUAAGUUAUUCAUAUCGCCUUAUAUUGGGACGUGUGAUUUGGAAUUUCCAUACAAACUUCUAUCGCUGGUAAGCUAUACGGUGUCCCAUUGACAGACAGCGUGUACGGAUAAUGUUAGUUACGGUCGAUAAGUUUAUUGGUACAGAAAAGUCAAUGAUAGUUACGAUUUUUAUCUCAAGUAAGAGAUAUACUGAACAGGGAACGGCCGUUAAUGAACCUCAAAAACUACCACCCAUUCAAAAUAUGCCUCCGCCCUGAGAAGAACGAGCGUAAAAAUUCUCAGCUGGCUCUUUUUUAAAUUUCGUUACAAUAUAUGCAAUAUCAACCCACGUAGGGUUAUGGAGAGGGUAUUGUUUUGGGAGUUUCCCUGCGAGAUCGAAUCAGAAAUGAGGAGAUCCGUAGGAGAACGAAAGUCACCGACAUAGCUCAAAUUAAUGCGAAACUGAAGGUGCAGUGGGCAGGGCACAUAGCUCGACGGACAGAUGACAUCGAAUGGCGACCACGUACCGGAAGACGCAGUGUUGGUAGAUGGACUUUGCCCCCCACAAGAUGGACUUUGCUUUUCUUCUCUAAUCUCACUUGAUGACCAUACGACCGCAAGGCUCAAUUAAAAAUGCUUGUAUUUUCGAACAAUUUAUUUAUAAUUAAGAAUCAUUAUUGUAUUAUUAUUUUUAAUUUUAAGUUUCACACUUGACCGGUUUUUGUUUAUUGCGAAUUGUGGGUAGUUUCAAAUGAUAUACCUACUUUAAGUACCUACUGAAACAUAUUAUGGUUGUUAUUAGUAAUAAUUUAUUUACAUUCCUAUAUUGAAUUGAGUAUAAUGAAAGAUUUUUGUAUGGCCGUUUUUAUUUUUUCUAUCAUUUGGCACACAUAGAUCCAAGUAGAUAACGCAAAUACCUUCGUCUGUAUGAAAACCAAGCGUGCCCUUUUUAUACGCUUUAUAUUAGCUUCACCUGUAUGUUUGUAUGUUUGUAACCGACUUCUUUGGGCGCGAUUUUGACCCACUUUAAACGGCUAGAUUUCGUUCAAACUUUGUAGAUUUAUCGAGGACCGAUGACAUUACACUAAUUUAAUAAAAUUAUUCAAUUUUUCAAUUUACAAAAUAUGUUUUUUUUUAGUUUAUAUAAUUUUCAUCUAUAGUCGAUAACGCAGGAAUUGAUGUUAAAGUACCUAAUAGUUUUAAAAAUACGCUUUUAUAGAAAAUUUAACUAUGAAAAAUAAAGAAUAGUUAAAAAAAAACUUAAAAGCACGCUUUAUAUAAAAUUCAACUAAAAAAUAGAAAGUAAAUUUAAACUGAAAAUAGUGUAAAAAAAAAAUAUUUUAUUGUAAAAAAAAAGCGUGGGGUGUAGAAGAAUUAUUAUUUUAAUAAUAUCUUAAAAAGCACCCCACGCUUUUUUUAAAAUAAAAUAUAUUUUUACUAUCUACAGAACAACGUCUGUCGGGGCAGCUAGUAAUAUAUAUGUGGUGUCAGUAAUGUAUCUGUUAUAAUAAUUAUUUUAGUAACAAUUCGUUGAAGUUGUAUAAAAGUCUGUUAACAGAAUCCUGUUCCGUUUUGUACGAGAAUAACUUCGAUGUAUGUAUGGGUCCGUUGCCCUCCGUGAAAUUUUUAUUAGCGCCUCAAACAUAAUAUAAUGCGGUCUAACCAAUUUUUUUUGCCCACAAACCUUUGGGGGACUUUAAUUGUAAUCGAGUAUAUUGAAAAAUGAUUUAAAUAUCAACUCCGUAUAGUUGAAUAUUCCAUGUCUUUAUUGGCUCAAAUUGUUAAUCACAUUUUUUGUACAUCGUCAUAGAUUAUAACAAUAACGUAGCAGAUCCGGUAAAUGAUAUUAUGCCUCUAAAAAUUGCAUUAAUAGAAAACAAAAAGAUACUGAUAAUAGAGUGGGUGAAAUCUUGGGUUAUAUUAUAUAAAAUCUAAGAAAAAAGAAAUAUUAAUACAAGUAAUAGAUAAUGAAAUAUAUUUCUGGAAUUCGAUUGUUAAUCUUGACUAAAUAGGGACGAAGGGGCACGAAAAAAAGCGGCUUAACUGAUUUAGCUGCUUUUAAUGAAAUUUUGACAAAAAAACAAGUCCUAUAGACAAAACACUUUAGAUUUCUAUCUUUUUAACUUCCAAUAUUGUAUGACAAUUUCAAGACAUAACCCUCUUAUUUGGUUCUUGCGGCAAGCUUUGUUAUUUGUGGCGGCGUCGUGGAGCGAGUCGUUCCUUCAAUACAUCAAAUGCUUAUAGAAGAUGUUCGUUUAACACCGUCAUUUAAACUACGUCAUUAAAAUUGUAUGUCAUAAUAUUUAAUUUUUUUUAUUUGUUUAAAUUGCUUACUUAUUUUUUUUCCACUUAGAAAAAACGUUUGAGUGAAUAUAACUAUCUGAUCACUGGGCAUUGAGUGUGUUAAAAAAAUACUAAUCAGUUCUUAUUUUUAGCUCAUCCUUUUCCGCAGUAGUGGACAAAACAGUAAUAGAACAGUACUUUAACUUUAUACUAGAGUGCUUCCGAAUGGAGGUACGCAACAUACACACGAUUUACACGACCACUAAGCAAUCUUGGGGAGACAAAACUAUUGAGUGACACGCCCUACGCCGCCGAGAAUGGUCCCUAGUGUUCUGCCCAGAUGUAGGUAUAAAUUUCAAGGAGACCGCUGAGUUGCGCCACUGUUCUAUUACUUGUAUUGUGGUAGUGUUAAUGGUAAAAUUAAUUUAUUUAAAUAACUUUGAAAUUAAUUUGUGCCAUUUUUGAUCUAAAUAAAUAAGGGGCAAGUGCAACAUUUUAAACAAAAAUUGGUCGACGUAUAGAGUCCAGUAUUUUUUUGUAUUUAAAUAAAUGAUAAGCAUUGUGGUGGUACUUUAAAGUGUGUUUUUGCUUUGCAGGUCGCUCACUUUCCUUUGCGAUUCAGUGCAUUCAUGAUUUUGGCUUCCCCAGUCCAGUGUAUUUUAAUCGUUUGACAAUUCGUUUUUUUUUAUAAUGAAAAUAAGGGACGAGACGAGCAGGACGUUCAGCCGAUGGUAAGUGAUACGUCCUGCCCAUUACAAUGCAGUGCCGCUCAGGAUUCUUGAAAAACCCAAAAAUUCUGAGCGGCACUACAAUUGCGCUCGUCACCUUGAGACGUUAAGUCUCCUUUGCCCAGUAAUUUCACUAGCUACGGAGCCCUUCAGACCGAAACACAGUAAUUUUUACACAUUACUGUUUCACGGCAGAAAUAGGCGCCGUUGUGGUACCCAUAACCUAUCUGUCAUCCUGUGCAAUGGUGCCUCCCACUGGUAUAACGGAACAGUUAAUGUCUGUGCGCCAUUUUGAAUUUACCGCCGAAAAUCACGGGAAACGCACGCACACUAUAACAAACUGACUGACGUAUCGCGAGUGUAAGACGUAGCUAUCAUACACACUAAAGUAAUAAACGUGACCUGUUAUCAUGCGUUGCCUAACAAUAAGAGGCUUUAUCUAGAUAUAUAAAUUAUGUAAGAGCAAUUUUUUUUUGAAGUUUGGUUGUUUUAAUAUGAACAGCAAAUACUUUUCCUACCAAAAUGCUUAGCAUUAAUAGUUUUAAGUUAUAUUAUUCCCAGUUAAAUUUAAUAUUGAGUAUUUUAGUUGUAAUUUGCGAAUUAUUUUAUAAAUUUACAAGAUGGUAUUUUAUGUUAAUGUCGUGUUUAAUUAUAUUAUGGAUUAGGACAUUUAUUAAACAAUUAUUUAUCUUUAUUAGUAUGAAAUAUAUUUUAAAUAUAA